UGACCGGCGGCCGCGGUGGAGGAUGGGAAGGGAAGGCAUCAGCUGAUCAGGAUGCUCUCUGCGCGCGCAGCUUCUCCUGUUCCCUUCGCCGCUGCCGGAGAGGCAGGGGGUAAAAAGGCUCAUACCGUCCCUGUCAUGGAGCGCUACGACAAGGCCGCCCUGAAUGCGCUCUCGCCUCCCGAUCCCAGGUUAUAAAUUAAAACAAAUAACAUAAAAUGGAGGGGGGGGAGGAAGCGGGUGGGAAUGGAGGGGGAAAGUGCUGGGUAUGCCUACUCAGUGGUAAGCCCCGUUGGCUUCGAUGAGGUUUACUCCCAGGUAAGUGAAUGUAGGAUUGUGGCCUUCGCUUGCUUUGACGGCGGGGGGGGGGGGGAGGACGUGCGUGUCUUUCCAGUGACUGAUAUGGGGGGGGGUGUUUGGGAGUUUCCUGCACGUCAAAAUGAGGAAGCGAAACAGGGACAUAGGAAACCAAGCCAGGCCACUGGUCUAUGUGGCUCAGUGUUAUCGAUUUAUUUGCAAUAAAAAGUUAAAGGCGUGGGUGGGUGGGAAGGAUUUUCUUUUUAAAAAGAACACCCAAAAGGCCGUUAUUAGAGGCUGGGUAGGGGAAGCUCUCUUUGAUUGCCUGGCGGAGUAGCAGAGAUUGGUACAAGAAGGCGCCCGCUGAAUCUCUACUGGCGGCAGGGUGUUCAUUCAAAUACCUGAAGGCUUGGUUUCUACACCGGCUGGCAACAGCUCUUUGGGGUUUCAGGUGUGGGGCUUCCUCAGCCCUACCUAGAGGUGUCAGGGAUUGCUGCAGAGACUUCCUGUCAAGGGGAGAGGGGUGGAGUGGAAUGUUCUCUCAUAAGAUUUGGGAGGGUCAUCUUGUGCAACCCCCUGCAAUGCAGGAAUCUUUGCCCAAUGUGGGGCUCAAGCCCACGGCCCUGACAUUAAGAGUCUCAUGCCCUACCAACUGAGCUAUUUAUCUUACCAUGCUAGCUUUUUGGUGCAGCCCAUAGGCAUAAGUGGGGAUAGUCACUAGCUAUGGUGGAUUUAAAGGGUGAUUUAGGCAAACCUGGAGGAAACAUCUUUAUCAGCAGCUACCUGAUGAUUGGCUGUACGGAACACCCAUUUGGUGGAAAGCUGAGAUGAUGGAUUUAAUGAAUAAAUGAACAUCCUGGAGAAUUGGAGGCAGUAUGCUGCUGAAGACCACAGUAGGGGCGGUGGAACAGUGGGAUAGGGUAUUGUCUUCAUUUUGGGCUAGCGUGUGGUUUGGUUUUGGCAGGGUGUGUGUGUUGUACUUCAGUUUGAUCAUGCAGGCCUCUGGAAAGCAUGAGGAGGAGAAAGAGGGUUGGAUUGAAAAUUGUCCUGGUUGGGGUUGGAUAUGAUAAUCAAAAAACCAGAACGGCUUUUUCAAAGUUAUCUUUUAAAUAUGUUCAUUACUGAAAUUAAAAUUCAGUUAUUUAAAACAAAAACAAGUGUUCCUGUUGCCACAUGUAGUUUAUGACAAAACAAAAUUUCUUGUCAGUUUUAACCUUGACAACUGAUCAUGACUGGAAUUCAUAUUACCUCUUAUUCAUGGUGGCAGUCUAUAGCUCUUUAAACAGUAUAUCUUAUGGAUAUAUUGGGCAAGGUCACCCAGUAAGGUUUGUAGCUGAGUUGAUGUUUGAAUCCAGUUCUUUCCAGCCAAAGUCUGAAGCUCUGACCACACCAUUGUGGCUCAUUACUUAGAUCUCAAGGAGCAAAUGCUGUUCAGACAAGUCAGCCCAGAGUACCUCUGUAUGUAAGCAGGAGGUGACCAGUAUAAGCCAGUUUACAUUAUCUAAAAGCACCUGUUUUUGACAUUUAGACUUGGCCAAGUCACUUUAUUUUGGUAUAAACAACUAACUCAACAAAGCAAGCAUUGACUAGUGGAAGCCCACAUAAAAAUAAGCUGUGAUUGGUGUAUCAGAUUGAAUGUAAAAUCUAACAUAACAAACCAAAUGCUCUAUUUGCUUAUGGAGCCUAAAGUACUACUAAAAUGUGCUUGCAUUUGUGAUUCACAGUAGCAGCUAACAAAUUCCACUUCCCACUAGGGUGCAGUGUUGCACCAUUGGCAUUCCAAUGCUGAAACAAAAUUUUAUUAAAACAGUAUCUUUAUUUUAUAUUUUUCAGUUGUUUUUGGUUAACAAAGACUUCUAUGGAACUUGGCCCUUUUGUGUCAGAAUGCAAGUGGCUGAAAGCAAACAAAAAUAUAGAACAAUGUUUCUUUAUAGAGUCUCACUCCAUUAUACUGGCUCCAGUAUAACUUGUGAAUGGUUAAAAUGUAUUGGAUUUCUUACCAUCCCUUCUCCAUAAGGUCCCAAAGAGGACUACAACAAUAUAGAAACAAAAGAUCAAAAUCUGUUAAAACAAUAUGCAAUCAGAAGAAGAAUUUAAUGGACCCCCUCCCUUUUAGCUGUUCUUAUUUUAUCUAUAAGCCACUUGGAGUCCCUGUUAGGGAAAAAGGCAGAAUAUAAGUAAAUAAAUACAACAACAACAACAAAACUCUGGUCAAGAGUAAAGAAAUGCAUCUUCAGUGUAUGAUGAAAGGUGCCAGAGUGGGAACAGCAUUCCACAGUUUAGGGGCUGCUGCAGAGAAAAUCCUCUUCUAGUCUGCCAUUCCCCACAUUUCAAAAAGUGGGGGAAGUACCAGUAUGGCUCCCUUUGCUAUUCUUAAUAGCUGAGAGGGUAUGUAGGUAAGGAAACUUUCAUGUAUUUGGGUCCUAAGUCAUUUAGGCCUUUAAAGACUAAAGUGAUAAAUUGGAUGCACACAAUUCCCAGCCAUUUGCCUCAUUCAGCAAAUUUGGAAGCAAGCCCAGUUACUCCAGUAUGCCUGUAAAUCUAUCAUGCCUAAAAUAAAGAUGCUUAGUGUAAAAUGCCACAUAGGGUUGUACACAACUAAGUUAUACUCAGUGUAGAAUUACUGAAAUUAAUGGACCUAAGUUAGUCAUGUUCAUUCAUUUCAGUGGGUUUAACUCUGAGCAGGACCAGCACUGGAUACAACCCAUACUCAUGUGCGCAUGCAGGUUGGCUCCUCCAUCAAAUUAAAUGGAGAUUCCUGUGUGGAAAAGAGAGGUGCUGGUAUUUUUCUGCACACAUGGAUCUCUGUGCUGGGUCACCAGUUGUGCAGUUGUGUUAAAUUGGUUGUGAGAUUCAUUCUCACAGCAGCAUCUGAAAUAGCACUUGCUUCUGUGAAAACAUGCCCUUUAAAAUGCAGGUGAUCUAUUUUUAAAUUACAUAUUUACCUUCCUCAAUAUGUAUGCAGCUGGUAUCUUAUCCAGAGGGAGCUGUUUGAUCACUUGUUAAUCCAUUGAGAGGUAUUUGAUUGCUUGUUAAUUCUGGUUGUAAUACUUGCCAGGAAUGCAGCUUUCACUUUAUAGAAAACUUUAGUAUUAGCAUUAGAGUAAAUGUUAUCUUGUUUGUAGACUUUGAGAAUUUUUAAAUUCCUAUCAAUACAGUCAUUAAAUUGAACAAUAUGGCAUACAUAUUGGCGCAUUUUCAUAGUGUCUGUCAAAAACAAUAGCCUUAAUUGUUUCCCAUAGGUAAAGGUAAAGGGACCCCUGACCAUUAGGUCCAGUUGUGGCCGACUUUGGGGUUGUGGCACUCAUCUCGCUUUAUUGGCCGAGGGAGCCAGCGUACAGCUUCCGGGUCAUGUGGCCAGCAUGACAAAGCCGCUUCUGGCGAACCAGAGCAGUGCACGGAAACGCCGUUUACCUUCCCGCCAGAGCGGUGCCUAUUUAUCUACUUGCACUUUGACGUGCUUUCGAACUGCUAGGUUGGCAGGAGCAGGGACUGAGCAACGGGAACUCACCCCGUGGCGGGGAUUCGAACCACCGACCUUCUGAUCCCAUAGACAGUAUUAAUUACCAGUAGUAGACUUGUUCAGCAGUUCUGAAAAAUGUGUUUAAUUCCACAAGUAAAUCCAUCAUUUAUUGGUUGAUUUCAGAAGAAAUAAAAGUAGGCUACAAUCCUAACCCCUGUCUAGCAGUGGCAGGGAUUCACAGAGCAGCCCUGCUACUCGUGUUGGUCAUGACAGCAGAAACAGGAAAAUGCCCCUUCACUACAGCAGCAGCAGCAGCAGGGCUGGUACAGCAAAGAACCCUGGAUUGGGCCCGUUACCAUCAUGUGAGGGCAGUGGGGCCAGCUAAGGAUCCAGCGGAUCCGGUGCUGCCUAGUCUGUUUCUGGGUGGGAUGACUACAAAUAGAGUCCUAACUCUAAAGCAAAAACAUCUUCAUUACUACUGCAGCAGGAUCCCCUGUCCACCCAAGGUGUGGUGGGAUCAAGAGAUGCCUCAUGGCACAGUACCAAGACAUUGUAUUAUUACCUUCUUCUUAGCAUUCUGAUUACUGCAGUAUGAGCCUGCUUAGUUAUUCAUUUUCACUUAUCAGUUGUUACACUCCUAACAUGCUUUCUCAGCAAACACUGUUUUGCCUCCUUCCUUUCUUAACUGUCUUCCUUGCACCUCAUCCAUCCUACAAAUGCCAUGUUAAAUGAACAUUGGACGUUCCAUAUGUUGGGCCUGGCCCUGCUCAAGUUUCUCACACUGUGAUUUGUUUCUUGCAGAAAUGAAACUUCAUUAGCUUCGACCCUAAGAACGCUCCUGUUCUUCACUACUUUAAUGAUUAUGUUACCCAUUGGGCUGUAUUUCUCAUCAAAGGUAUACGUAUUUGAAGGUAAUUUUCUUUAUUACUACCUGCUUCUUUUUGUUAUCUUUGCUUCUUUUUAUCUUAAAAGUAAAUUAAUUAUUUGGAUUAUUUUUUUAAAUUACAUAUUGUUAUAUGGUAAGCAGCAUUUCUUUGGGUUUUGUAUUCUCAGGAUUUGAAUAAUAGCAACGAUCACUGAAUAUUUUGUUGAAGCAUUUGUCAAGAUGUUAAAGUAUCAAAACACUGAAGGAGGAGGCUUUUCUGUGCCAUUCCAAAUUGAUUGUGCAAUGUAGAAACCAAAUUCUUCGCAAAACCUGUUUUGAAAACAAUUUAUGGCAGUGUCUCCCAUAAAAUUGUCUAUGACUUGUCAAUGGAUUUGUAGCUGAAGUUGGAAGACAGGACAUCCAUUGCAUUAAAUAUUCAUAUUGAUUUUUCAUUGUGUUUUUAUUGCUGCUUUCAUUUCUUAUAUUGUAUUUUUAUGAUAUUACAAUGUUAACAAAAUAAAAGAAAUAAUAAAAAUGCAAUUAAAAGCAUCUAGCACAGUGCAUUACAAUUGGGACUGUGGGCUGAAAAACCCCUAAGUGGCUUCUUAUAGCUCAGUCGAUAGAACCCGAGACUCUUAAACUUGGGAUUGUGUGUUCGAGCUCCAAAGAUUCCUGCAUUUCAGGGGAUUGGACUAGAUGACCCUCAAGGUCUCUUCCAUCUCUAAAAUUCUAUGAUUCUAUGAUCCUCAACAAUGUUCCAGUGCUCCACAGGGGAAAAAGUUGGAAAACCAUUUUUUUGGUGGUGUCUAGAUAUAUAUUUUGUGUUGGAGAUAGAGCAGUGCUCCUCGUAGAAACCAGAAGUUAUCUUAUCCUUUCAGUCAGAAAAUUGGCACAAGCAGAGCUCCUCCUAAAUUACUAAAGUGAGUUUUGGAAAUUUCCAAAUACAAUUUAUUGGAUGAAAGGGCAGUUGUCAUUACAUAGCUGAACAGAAGCAGCUUACAAAUUUUCUCUGUCCUCUGAGUCAUCCUCUGGUUUAGACUCUGGAAAUGGAAAAACAUACUCACGAAAAUGUACCCAGAAAUGUAACAUCUGUUUUCUUGGAAUAUAUGUGGUCUCUCCUUUUUAUGUAUGUUUUCCAAAUAGCACUGCAAAAUCUGUUCUCUACAUUUCUUUCUUUAUAUUAUUUAUAUCCCACACCUUCAGUGCAAAUACUCCCAGUGUGUACUAAAAACAAUUUUAACUGCAAGCAAAAACAUUUUAACAAAACAUGCAUAACUUCACCCAAGGAGAUUCCCUCUCUGCCUGGCUGGCGUAGUGCCAUUGGCAGACUGUUGUUCCUUGGCACACGAAUUAUCGGGGGCUGCUUUUUCCCACGGCUGGUACCCACUGCUAAGGUGCCCUGCCACUUAGCAGCAGCCCACAGGCACUUGGCCUGUGAUCUUGCUGGUGUCAAAAACCUGUGUUCAUUUUUUUAAAUUUGUUGUAACCCAUCUUGAAUGUUCGGAGCAUAAACACUGAAAAUAAGGGCGUGGCUGAUAUAUUUGUGUAUGUUUUGGUAGGGCUGCUAAGUUGUACCCUCUCUCCCUUCCCAGUAGUAAUAAUUUUAAAAUUUGCAUAACUUAACUUCAGAGCUUCUGUUUGCUGCUAUUAAUGGGCAGAAAAAGGUAUUGAAUAUAACUGAGGUGGUGUGUGGCAGUCUUCUCCAACCUGGUGCCCUCCAGAUGGUUUGGAUUACAACUUGCAUCAGCCAAUGGGUGUUGUAGUCUAGAACACUUGGGGGCACCAAGUUAGUGAAGGCUGGCAUGGAGUAAAGAAGUCCAUUUUGUUUGCAUAUGUUGAUCACGGAAGAAUGUCAAUAUACAUGACUUACCUCUGUGUGUGUUGCUUUCUUCAUAAGUGAAGCUUAUCAUAACUAAAAGCAUUCUUGCAGCACAGUCUUUGCAUGUGUACUCAGAAGUAAGUUUAAUUAGGCUUACUGUCUUGUAAAUGAGGAUAGGAUUCAAGACUCAAGCACUGAUAAUCUUCUCUAGGUUGCAGCUGUUGUGUGAACCAUAGAAAACCCUCAAAUCAAGGACAUAUUUAUGACACUGGAAGAGUUUUAUAGAAGCCGAGGGCCUUAAAAGGAAGACAUAGUUUUACUUUAGCCACUUCUGCCCUAAUCAUACAAUCUUUUUAUCAUUUAAAUAAUUUGGUCACUAGAAAAUAUGAAGGCAUUGGCUGAUUUUUUUACUGGCUUCCUAUAAGUUUUAAUGCUUCUUCUCUCUCCCACCCCCUUUGUUCUUUUAGGUUCCUUUGGAAUGUCAAGCAGAGACAGCUAUUUUUAUGCCGCAAUAGUUGCUGUGGUAGCUGUUCACGUCGUGCUCGCUCUUUUUGUCUACGUGGCAUGGAACGAAGGCUCGCGGCAAUGGCGGGAAGGGAAGCAGGACUAAAAGUCGCCGCUGCAGUGUGGCAGGCAAGGAGGAGAUGUUUCCAGGUGGAGCGAAGCCCCAGACUGUAAAGUCUAAUAGUCGGUGUUUGAAAUGGGACAAGAUGGGGUUGCAUCAUUCCCCCAUUCCAGUAGCAUUUUUAGUUUUUAAAUUACAGCUCUGACUUCAUGAGCCUCAAGACCUGGCAGAGUUGGGAAGACUAGAAGGGAGCCUCAACAGGACUACCCUGGAAUCAAUUUUCACAAUCUGUCUGCAGAGAGCUCCUGGGAAACAUUUGCUUGCUUAGUAACCUGCCUAGAACUGCUUUGAAAUGAACAUCUAGAUAAUUCAUAAAGUUGAACAGAGCUUCGCCAACAGUCUGGAUCAAAAAUGGUUGAAGUUCUUUGAAAUUGAUUUUAUUCCUGUGUCUUUUAGAUGGGGGGGGGGUCAACUUCAGGAGCCUUGACUGACAGUAUGCUGGCUACACUUCAUGGUUAAACAGAACACCAGGUGCUUGAGAAAGUGGCUCCGUAUACUUUUUGAUGGAGAAGGAAGGAUGCAUUGAGUCCUGUCCAGGAGCUUGUAACUUCAGGCCACCUGUUAGCACAUUUUUGAAUGGUGGCUUUUAAUGUAGGAUACCUUUCCCCACAAAGUAUAGAGUCUACCCUAAUCUUGACUCUUAAUUCAGUUAUCCCCUUCCAAGAAAUGGUUUUCCUCAACAAUGGAAUGUUUUGCCUAAUUUCCAAGAACUGUGGUAGAAUUACCACUGACAGCGUUACCAUAGAUUUCGGUAAUAGCGUUAGGCAGUCCUAAAAAUGUUUGUGCAUUGUUUGUUGAGACCCAGGAAUGUAUCUGUUUGUUAGUUCUACUUGGAGUAGGGCCAUUGAAUUUAGUGGACAUGAUUAGCUUAGACCCGUUAAUUUCAGUGGGUCUGCUCUGACUAAAACUUGAGUGGAUAACACCCCCACAGUUCGUUUUAAUAAAUGUACCUGAUUUGUGUUGCCCUCUCACAACUGAUACUUUUAAAUAUCUUUAACAUUUCAUACUGUCACCUUUUCCAUAAUCUUGCCAGAUAGCCAUUGCUCUUCUUCCUCAACCUGUGUCUUUGUCGAUAAAUGAGUUUCUUAGUAUAGCUACGAAUGCAUGUGUAAUCAUGGACAAAUGCACAAAUCUUUUGAACAAAUUGCCACUUUUAUUGAUUAGACUGGUGGCAGCACUGAUCCAAAAUCACUUCUUGAUUUCACUGGAACCUGCUACACAGGAUUCAGCACACAAGCACAGCUGAAAUGCACCAAUGUGCAGCUGGGAAUUGUACCUGUUUCAGUAGCUAAUGUGAAGUGCUGCUUAAGGACAAAUUUUUCCUUAAGGUGAAAUUAACGUCCACAACUUUCCUGGAUCUUGAAUAUUUUAUCAUUAUGCUUCCAAAGUUUUUACUCUGUUUUUAAAUCCUAACGUAAGAGAUAAAUCCUGGGAUUGAAAAUGUUUACAAAUGAGAACCUCCUACUUGUUACUAUAAAUCAUUAGGAAUAUUUUAAAACGUAAGGAUGUAGAAUAGUGACAGUGUCUUAAGGGAGUCUGUAAAUAAGAUGUAGCCUUUUUAAAGGAGGAGGAAUCUAAUGUUGGGCAACAUGCUGCUGGUUCAUCUGAAUUGCAAAUUUAUUUUGUAGUAUAUUGUGUUGAAAUUUCUCUUUCCCUCCCUUAUCUAUGGACUUGAUGUAUUAUGAACCUUUUUAAUAAAACAUAAGCAUAUAGCAUAAAUUAAUUGUGGACUCAAAAGUAAUUGCAAAAAAUGAAAUGGUUGCUGUUGAAUCAUCACUUGCUAGCCAGCAUGUUUGCAAAGUAAUAGCUUACCUUCAGUUCUGUAGUUUUCCUGAUUACUUUCUAUACAUUGGCUCUUAUGACACACCGGGUGAGGAUCCUUGAUGCAUGCCUACAUUAAGCCCUGUCCACCAGAAUAGGCUUCCUUCAAGUGAGAAAACUUCUUUCAGCAUAGCAUUGUUGUCAAGUUCCUAAUAUGUAUUCAGCAUACUGUCUGGGAGAAUUAAUGCUUUGCUCUUACAGUGAGUCUUAUGUGAUUUUUCUUUUUCCAGUAAUUGGCUCAUGUACUGCUUUCCAUAGAC